AUGCAAAUGAUUGGACCUGGGGUUUUCACACUAAUCGCUGUAAGCUUUGGGCAGCACGGAAUGAACGUCAUUUCCUAUACUACCUAGGUAUUUCUCAACUAAAAUAUGGAGAAUAAUUGAAUGCUAUUUAUAUUCGAUCUCAAAUUCCCAUACUGAUUUUAUUACUAUCUGAUCAGUAUCGGGAUAAGACGAAUUUAGGCCAGGUAUUCUCGGAAUUUGGCAUUGGCGAGGAGUUUAGAACUGAUGACCACCUCGGACAUCUGCAUCUUUAGGGUAUUGCCUCACACGGGAGACAAGCCGAAUGGACGACUCACCCCGUGCUCCGGACGCCGAUGCGCCGGAACCAAAUCCUACAGGGACGCUCCCUGAAGUGGUCAACAUUGUUGAAGAUGGAGAUAUAAUACUUGACGUGAUCUUUGAGAAUUCUAAAGACACUAUCCGAUCCGCACGUGCUACUCAAUCACGACUGGCGAGCCGAGAAUUACAGCCUGCACCAAAAAGAAAAGCACGCCUAGCUUUCCGCGUUAACCUCAAGGUACUCAAGAGCCAGUCCAAGUACUUUGAGAAACUUCUUACGGACGGUCGCUUCAAAGAAGCCAAGGAUAUUACCGGCGCAUUUGCCGCGCUAUCCUUGAAAAAUGUCAAGCCCGAAGCCGCUGACGUGAAGGACCUCCCCUGGAUAGAAAUUCGCGAUGAUGAUCAAGCCACACACUACGCCCACCGUGAAGGUGCAUUUGCCGAUCUUAUGCGCAUCCUUCAUGAGAAAGAAGUAACCACAAAGCAGGCCGCCCUGUCGUUUGUGACAACGCUGGCGGUAUUGGCGGAUCGUUUCGAUUGUACGGUUCCGGUCUCGAAGUAUGUCAUCAACACACUGAAGCCGAAAUGGCCCGCGACGAAUCGUAACCUCAUUAGGGAUGAGGUACCUGUCAUGAGUCGCAAUAAUGAAGAUGUCUUGCGACAGAAGAUCUUAGUAUCGUGGCUGUUGUCUCAUCCUACUAGGUUUCAAGCUGUCACGAAGGAAAUCAUUAUGAAUGGCUCCUGUAAAUGGGGUUCCUUCGCCGAAGAUGAUGAGGCUUCGGAUGCUACGUGGUGGUACUUGCAAGAUGGCCUUGAACAGGAGCUUCAGUACCGGCGACAAUGUAUCCUAAACACAAUCGCCUCAGUACAGCGACAUUUCCUUACAUUAUACACGUCGCGAGCGCGACAGUGUAAACUCGGCUACGACUCAAGCGCGGCCUGCGACUCAUACCAGUUAGGCGAGAUGUUUAAGUUCCUCGCCAACAAAAACCUGAUGUUCCUCGUCGACUUCUCACCGGGAUCUCUAGACUCCAUCGCCGACACCUCGUUACUACAGAUCGAUUCUCUCCUAUCCACCUUACGACAAUGUCCCAGCUACCAAAUCGACAAAAACCACACCAACUGCGGACUCCGUACACGCAUACUCCCCAUUCUAGACUUCAUACAUAGUCUGCUAUCCGCGAAUUUUAUCCCGAUCAAUAGGAACGCAUGGAAGAACCAUCGUUCAGUCGCAGCUUGGAUGCCAUCUGACGCUGAAAACAAGAAAGAGAAGCCGUUCCGAUUUACGCGGUCUAUUGCGGGUGAUCAACGGCUGCGUUUUGAGAAUGGUCUGGGAACAGAGGGGUUGGCGAAGCAUGUGUUCACGGCGACGAGUUGGGAUUGGACGGCCGAGGACCAAGCGCAGGAUGGCCUUUCAUCUACUACACCUAGGUGGAGUUUGAGAUGAAUAGGAGCGUUACUGCGGUCUGUAUAAAGUGUUGAGAUAACAGAAUUGCAUUCUGAACAUUCUCUGUUACUAUAUCGUAAUCGACUAUAUCCCUGGAUAUAUCGAUACGAUGAGAUAUCACAGACAACAUUUAUAAUAAACAAAAAUGAGCCAAACUAU